AUGACAAAGUUUCUUAUUGAAAACGAGAAUUUUUCUGGGAAUUUUGAAGAGAGACCAAACAACGAAUGUGUUCGUCAACGUUUAUCGGAGUAUGGAGCUGAUAUAGCACGUCGUCUCGAACAAAUUGCAGAUGCAUCUUGGCUUCUUCGUCCAAUUAUACGAGCAGCAAUUGCACAAGAAUGUACUCAAGAUUUUCAACAAAUUAUCAAUGAAAUAAAAUUAACCAAUAAUAAUACUCAAAAGUUAGAAGAGUUAUUUGAGAAAUUUGUUAACAAACAUUGUAUCAUCUCUCUAUUGUGCAUAUAUACAUUACCUUCGCCAGUAAUGAGUACGAUAAUUCGUGAUAAUUUUGUAAGUUAUGCUACUUUGAUUUAUAUGAAUUUGAAAACAAUGAAACCUAAUCGAUCGUAUCAAGGUCGCUCUUACCGUGCUGCACUUGUGACAUCACGUGAUAUGAUCAACUAUCGCGCAGCUAUGCUAAAAGGUAAUCUGGUUGAAACACGUCUUUUUUCGUCGACGUCAAAAAAUAGAAGAGUUGCCGAAACUUUUACAAUCGGUGGUCAAUCAUGUGAUAGUCACUCGGCAACCAUCAUAUUUGAUUUUACUAAGCGACCAUGUGAAACAGCACUCGAUUUGACUUUUCGACGACAUGACAAUGUUAAAGUAGCAACAGUCGUGCCUGACGAAGAAGAAGUACUGGUACUUCCGUUUACCCUAUUUCGUGUUAUCGAUAUUGACGCUGAUUCUUACAUCGAUGAGUAUCAAUGUAAACGAUGGGUAAUUACAUUACAAAAUAUUCCUGUACCGAAGCGAUCGCUAGUGACACUUGUUCAAACACACGAGCCAUUGACUGAUUAA